ACAACUUCCUAUAUUUUGGCGGGGAAUUCAAUGAACCUGACCAACUUACCUAUGAAUGGCCCUCUCACGUAACAGAGAUAAUAAACGGGAUUCCGGUAAAUAGUACUUUUGACAGUCGUGUGAACACCGACAUGACUACAGAAUUUCUCGUCCAACUGGGCGACCCUGAUGACCUGGGAGAAGACAUGUUGAAACCCGGGGAUACCAUCCAAGAAGACAUUGUGAAGAAGACAUCGUCAAUACUUGAAAGGCUUCAUUUAUUGAGACGUAAAGAGUGGUGA